GUGUGCGAGACUACCACUCUGACAUAGUUCACGAACCUCUGUGCUCACGUCGCACGCCGCCCCACACAAAUAACAAUGAAGCUGCUGGUCGUUUGUGCUGUCUUGUCUCUUACGACAGCUCUUCCCCAAAGGAGAGUGUCGCUAAAACCGGAGCAACAGCAGAUAGAUGACCAGGAACCAGCUGAGCAGAACUACAACAACUACCAGCCCCAGCAGGAAUACAGGCAGCAGCAGCAGCAGCCACAGCAGGAGUACAGAACCAAGCCAGUGGAAGACUUCAGGCCUAAAGUACAGCUGGACACCACCACCUUCAUCCCCAUCAUCAGCUUUGACAAGGAACAAGGCACUGAUGGCAGCUACAAGACUUCGUACGAGACCGGUAAUAACAUCCACGCCGAGGAGCAGGGCUACUUGAAGGAUGUCGGCGCGGAUCACGACGCUCUGGUGCAACACGGCUCCUACUCCUACACCGCCCCUGACGGCCAGGUCAUCACCGUCGAGUACACCGCCGACGAGUUCGGAUUCAGGGUCAAGGGCGACCACAUCCCCACCCCUCCCCCAGUUUCACCCGAAAUCCAGAAAGGUCUUGACCUCAUCUACGCCGGAAUCAAGGCUAAUCAGGAACGUAACGCUCUGGAAGCUAAAAACAACCCUGAAGCCGCAAGAAACCAAGAAGAAAGGGCAGCUCUUGACUACAAGGGACAAUACUACCAGCAAUAAACACACGGCAUGAAACUGCAGAGUCGGACAAGAAUUAAGAUUAUUUAAAGUAUUG